UGCCGUUCGAAACGUUUCAUGAUCGAAAAAUUUUGGAAAAAACUCCAAAAUUAAAGCAGUCUCUACUACGCAGUAUAUUUGAUUUCAGAAAAUAUACAAGAGGUACAUCCAAGGAAUAAACUUUCACCCUGAAGUCGAUGCAAAUUUUUAGAGAACGCUUGGAAAACGACCUUUAAUUUGUGAGAGGAGUGGAGCCAUAACAGCCAUUGCACACCAGAACGAGCUCACGUGCUUGUCUUGUUGUUAAAAAAUUGGACUAAUUUUAUACAGUAUGGUGAAAGAGAAAGGCAAAGGACGUCGGGGUGGUUUUGCGCCAACAGUUCAACAGAUAAAUGCUGAUAUAUUAACACAAGUAUGAGAUAUUUCAUUAUUUUCAUAGACGUCAUUAUCGGAUUUUCCCGACUGGAAAGUCUGGAAAUUGCGCACCCGAGAUUUUGAAAAUUUAAUAGUAAAUAUUUAGCAAACAUUUACCGCACGUCCAAGUUCUUAAUAAUUAGUGGUGGUAAUAAUUAUGUGACUCUAUUAGUAUUAACGAGGUGGUGCCCUUAACGAGGUGGUGCCCUGACUGGAAAGUUUGGAAAUUGCGCUCUGGAGAUUUUGAAAAUUUAAUGAUAAAUAUAUAGAAAGCAUCAAAAUUGCGCGCCAGAGUUAUCCGCCGCCCGAUACAAACUUUCCACACUUGGGUGAUGCUAUCAACAGGGUGGAGCUAUUGACAAAGUAGUGCCAUUUUGGUGCCAUUAAGCAACUGAGGCAGUGCUAUGUUAGUGAGAAGUUACGAGAUGGUACCAUUAUUGAAGAGAUUGUACCAUUAGCAAGCUAUUAAUGAAGUGGCAAUAUUAAUAAGGUGGCACUAUUAACAAGGUGGCAGUACUGGCAUAUUUCAUAAUAUUUCAUUAUCAACUCAACUUUUAGGUUGCAAAUACAUACUGGGCACCUCACCGUAACCACUUGCCUUAUGAUCCUAAGGUAAUAUAACUAAUUUUCUAAUUGUCAGCCUCCAGGGAGAGGGGCAGUUGUCUCCCAGUCAAAAUGAAGUUGGGUAAAUUAUAAACGUAAUUCAGGCAAAGAUUGGAGGAAAUAAUUUAGUGUGAGGCAGUUUUUCGGUAAACCGAAAAAAAACGAUGUUUUUCGAAAACCGAAAUACUUGAUGUUACUUUUGGAAAAAAAACUGGAAAACCGAAAAAACCCUGAAAAACCGGGGGAAAACGAGAAAAAACGAAUAAAAAUCGGUUGAUGUAAUUAUGUGUAUAUUAGGGAUGAGCCGAUUAAUCGGUAAAUAAUCGGCAAAGCCGGUAAUCGGCCGAUUAUUGCCUGAUAAUCGGCCAUAAGACUUUUUCUGCAGCUGCCAAUCACAUGCUAAAAUACUGAAUACAAGCGAAUAGAUUUUCACAUUUUGUUGCAAAACCUGUGUCUUUUGUCUCAAGUGUAAUCCACCCGUUGAAGACUGCAGACUGGCAGUCGAAAGCUCGUAAUAAUAAAUAUUUAAAAACCAGAGAACGUCUAAAAACUUAUUAUAAACUUUGACUAUUGACAUGCGAGACUGAAGCUGUUUUUAAUUGUACAAAGUGUGUAUUGUAAACAAUAAAACCGCAUUUACAACUUCAUUGUUGGUCAUCUUGUGAUUUUUCGCUUGCUUUUUAAAAUAAUCGGUGGGUACCGAUUAAUCGGCCGAUUAGUUACAAUAAUCGGCUUAUAAAUAAUCGGCCUCAGUAAUCGGCAAUUUUCCUUAUCGGCUCAUCCCUAGUGUAUGUUAUUUACAAUUAUAAUAUAGCGUUUGUAAAUUCUGAACGCUGAUUGGUUUUCCGCAGCUUGUAACACGGAAAUUGUUCUUAUUCUUCGGGCUUUUGACAUUGCUAUAUUAUAAAACAAAUAUAAAACAUUUUUUCUGUAUUGAUAUAUAGUUAUAUCAACACUCGUGGAAGUUGGGAAAACUCGAAAUUGUGUGAAAACACUCCGCCCUUCGGGCGUCGUGUUUCCAUACAAUUUCUCGUUUUCCCAAUUUCCACUCGUGUUGAUAUAACUGUAUAUCAACACGGAAAAUGUUUUAUAUUUGUUAAAUUGCACACAUAAUACACAAUAAUGAUUGUGUUUAAAGUUUAACCAAUAAAUCAUGAUUAAUUACUGUCAGUGUUUCUGUGUUGUUAGGUUAUAGACAAAAUUUAUGAAAAAGAUCUCUUAGGAUGCAGGUACUUGAUAAUUUAAAUUCUAGUAUGACAAUUUCAUCACCAAUUUACAAUUUCUUUUUAUAUCAUUCAUUAUGUAGUUUUUCAAUUCAACGAGUAAUGCUUUUGGAGUUUAGGUAAGUCAUUAUUUCACAUAAUUUUUCCCUAAAUGUUGUGAACUUUGUUGCAAAGUUCAAAAGUUUGUUCUGAAAUUCACAAAUUUGCUGAACAAAAAUUACGACCUGGUUUGCAUGAUCAAUAUGAACUCGUGGACUUCGCAACAAAGUUCGGAAGGAAGUUUGCAACAUUCAGGGAAACGUUAUGUGAAAUCAACAGUUACCAUCAAAAUAAUGUACACCAAUAAUGUACCAUCUAAGGACCAGUCCUUCUUGCAAAAGUGCCAACUUGAAAUGAAAGCAGGUUAGCAACACAUUGUAGAAAAUUGGAACAGUUUAAAAUAUAGCCUGCAUGGCAGGCCCUCAGUUUUAUGGGGAGCCUGAUUUGCAACGGGCAGGCCUCCCCCGUGCCCGCCAAAAUCCUGCUCAUUGCAAAUCAGGCCCCCCAUAAAACUGAGGGCCUGCCACGUAGGCUAUUUAAAAUAUAACAAUGAAUUGAAAAAGUGGUUAACAAAAUAAAAGUUGUAUUACUGGUUGGGUUCUGCACUGUUUAAUGUCAUGAAAGGUGGGUUUAUUGCAAGUUUUGUGAUGAAAAAAAGUGCUGAAAUUAAUAGAAAAUAAAAUUCCAUGCGGAAUGAAAAACAGACGCUGGUCCAAGAUGAUGAAGCAGGUUUUUUCACAUGGCCUAAGGAGUGGUUUUAUUGUUUUUAGUCAAUACUUGGAAAAUUAUUUGUGGCCAAACUUCAAUGCAGACCAGGUACAGUACAUGACUUAGAAGUUUUUUUGAAAGUUAUAUAUGUUUGUCUUCUAGCAUGAAUAAAUUCUUUAUUUUAACCAAUGCAGGCUUCAUUGGCUCAUACAAUGUCGAUUGUUGUGAUGGUGAAUGAGAAGUUUCGAGAAAGUGUACCACCAUGGGAGGUAAUUUAGCUAGAAAUGUUAUUUUUAGAGAAUUUCAAAGAGGAUUUCCUGUCUGCUUAGCUCUCAGGUGAUAGCAAUGGGUUACACCCAACAAAUGAUCUGCACCAAAAUCCCCUGAAAAUUUGCACUUUCUCCUUCACCCCCUCUUAAAAAUUCCAACUUUGUCACCAUGGAAAACUUGUUCCCCACCCCCUCCUUCAACCACCCCCCUUAGAGUGGGUCGUUCAAAAAAUGAUUCACACACUUCUCCCACAAAGGAAAUUUUUGCUGUAUGGAGCGGGAGAAAAUUUUUUAAAAUAGUAAUUGUAUUAGGACAUCCGGUAAUUGUAUUAGGACAAGGCGUAAAAAAACCCCUGUGGUUCCGGUUCCCGACCGACCCUAUUUUUUUCUGCCGACCCUAUUAUUUUUUCAAUGCGAUUGACUGUGCGACUCUAUUAAUUCUCCAGGUGGUUGCGGGCUGCUCAUGCAGCGUGCCAAAAUGGCGUCUGUUGUCAGACUAAUUAUUGAACCAAAUUGCCUAAAUUCGUCCAUAGGAAAUACGCAUCUCUAGUUAAUAUUGAUGUCGGGACUCUACUGCAAAUCGCCCAGCAAAAAAAACGCCAAAACCAUGAAAAAAAUAUUCAAAAAAAAAUUAUUUCCGAUUUACCGACCCUAAUUUUUUCACAAUAUGAAAUCGGAACCACAGGUAUUUUUUUUUACGCCCAAGGGGCUUCCUUUGUGGAGGAGGUAUGGAUAUUUUUGGAAUGACCUACAUUUACAUGUAAUGCAGAAACAUAUUCCAGAAAUUACAGAAACCACUGAGUAUUUUGAUAAAAUACAAAACAAUAGAUACUCCGAAAAUUGAAAGCAUUUUGAAAAAUGCUAUUGUUUUGUAGAAACAUAUUCAUUCCAGAUUAUUUGAUGCUCUUUCUCCCUUAGAUCUUCAAAUCAAAGCCAGAGCAAUUUCCAGGAUUUUUUCGACAUGUUCUAGACAUCAGUUUGCUUGAAGAGGUACAAUGUGAGAUAACAUCAUAGAUAUCUUAUAUACACUAGAUAGCGCAUCUCUAUUAGUGAAAUUGAAGCCAAGAAUUUUCCAGCGGUUACCCCAUUUGAAUAGAUGGCGGCCAUGUUGGUCGUUCCCACUCACUAAUAAACGCUUAAAAAUAACAAUAACUUUCAUCAUUUGAAUAGUUUUAAAAUGUAUUUGGAAUAGCUUUUACUUAAUGUUUAAGUUCCCUGUUUAAGAAAUAGAAAAUAUACAUAUCUUUUCAUUUCAUGGGAACGACCUGAGACUGCAAUCACGGCUUCAAUUUUUGAAUUGCAGAAUAACUAGAUGCGCUAUCUCGUGUAUAUAAGAUAUCUAUGGAUAACAUAGAUACGGUAUAUAUUUUUACAGCAUUUCAAAGUUUAUGUUCAAUCCAUCCAAAUGGAAUAUUUGUAUUUCUUCUUUCAGUCUGUUACGAUCAAAGAAAAAGUUGUGAUCUUACGUUUUCUGAUUCACUGCUUUAGCAGUUUGGUAAGUACAAAACAUUGAAUGUUUUAUGCACAGUGGAUAGUUAGUAACUCCUAACAUUGGAUUUUAAUAUUUAGGAAACGGAUGUGAUUCGUGAACAAGUUCAACAACUAGUUUCUUUGCCAAUGUGGUCAUGUUUAUUACCAGUGAGUACUGCAGUCUGUAUUGUACUGUACUGGAAUAUACUGUACUGUAAUGUAACAAUGUAAGAACAGGGACCAAAAUAUCGCUUCAUGAUACACCGGUUAGGGUGA